AUGGGUAUUGCAGAUGAGCGACCUCCUUCAGGAAUCCUAGGACUCUACAACCUGUCCUACAUGUGGUACUCCGCUACAGGAUGCUUUACGGUGAUUGUCGUAGGAUUGGUGGUCUCCUUGCUGACGGGCGGAAGGGAUCUGGGAAGUCUCGAUCCCCGCACGCUCUCGCCGCCGUUGCUGUGGCUGAGGAAGUGGGUGCCGGCGCUGAGGGCCGUCGGGGAGAAUCUGAACGACGAGCUAGACGAACUUCGCGAGACCUCGACCUCCGAGAAGGACGGCGGCGACCUGACCUCCGGCGACCUGACCUCCAUCAUCUCCAAACUCCCCCCGAGGACGCUGGACGGAUCCCUGAAGGAGGCGAAGACGGACAAGCCGCCCGUCGUGCUGGACGCCCAGGCGCUCCCACGUGAAGACCCUGCGAAGUUGAAGUCGUCGAUGUCUGACUCCGCCUUCGAGGACGGUUCCAGCAGCUUGGGAAUCCUGGAGGAGGAGAAGGAGGAGGAGGACGGGCGCAGCGAAGACCUCGGCCUCGAGAACAGCGCCAUGUCCGUAGACGACGAGGACGGGUCGACAAGUCUCACGAUCCCGACGACCCAUCUUUGAGGACGAGUGACGGGUGCACAGUAUGAAUAAUAGUGAUAUCGAUGGUAAUAAUGUAGGGUUUGCUGUGACAGGCUCUUUAGGUAUCAGUCGAAUUGUGGUUUGUCUGUUUAUUGUGCUUCUAAACUGCCCCCUGUGUGAAAGGAAUGGCCGGGGUUGCCAUCCACUGGCAGUGCACGGGAAUCGAACGCAGGUCAGCAAGAUUGCUAGGCAAGAACGUUGCCAGGGCACAACAGGAUAUUGUGUUCAUUGCGACAAGUGUUGGUCUUUUAAUUACUGUUACACUAGGUGAAAGGGGAUGCAUGAAAUUGAGUAUUUUCGCAGUGUAUGGAUGUGUUGGACCGAUUUGGACUAUCGGACGAAGAUGUAGUCGAAACCGGUCCUACACGUGAUUUUUUUAUUUCUAGUUUCAUUCAUUCAUUUCUCGGUUUCAUUCAUCCUUUUUCUACAGGUGUAACAGUAGUUUAAGAAUGAUCAGUCGUCGAGAAAAACACCCAACAUUUACAGUCUUUUUCUUAGAGAUCUUGUCCUAAAACCUAGCGUGUUGUAAUAAAAGGAGCUAUUGGGAUUGAGCUUGAAUAACUUAAAGGAGUAUAGACACCCAUCACCAAAACCACAUUAGAUAAAUAAUCCCUAUUUAUCAGAUCUUCAUUGAAAAAUACAGCGUAUUUGUAACG